AUGUUUUGGGCGCCUGUUUUGAAGAUAACUCAAGGUGAAUACGCCGUGCCCAUUUGUCUGGUCUCUGGAGUCGACUGGCUCGAAGCUGGAGGCGUUGACCGAGUAUCAGCUCAAGCAGCAAAUCAAUCAUCACAAUGUCUCUCCAGACCCCCCCGCAUUCUUCCCGCCCACCUGCACGCCUUCCACCCUUCGAGCUCCGGCUCGCGUUCAACACACACUGUCCGCCUGCUGGGCACCGUGUCCGCUCUCCACGGCGAUACUGCGACAAUUACAUGUGGUGGCAAUGGCGACGUUACACUCAUCCUCAAGCCGGACUCCCACCUGCAGAUGGGGAAACUUGUUGAAGUGAUCGGGAAGGUUGCGGAUCUCGAGGGUGGACAGGGACUCGGCAUUCGAGUGCUUGGAACGACGGACUGGGGCAACCCCGCCGACUGUGAUUACAAGAUCUAUGAGCAAGUCGUCGAGGCUACGCACCGUUUCAAGAGCGUCUUCUACGAUGCUGAGUAA